GCGCUCCGUCGCUCCCGCUGAAGCCACACUCCAUCGCCGCCAGCUGCCUCGCGACCCGCUCCUAUUGAUCGCACCUUUCCUCAGGCAGCGACUAUCACCAUUACCUGGUGCUUGCUACUCGUCGGAUUCGCCGGGCAGACGCUGCGCUACAGGCGCGUUUGGCCUUCGAGCGUCGCGUAUACUUGACUUUGCCACGAACAAGACGGGAAGAAGACGACCCUCCCUCAUGAUGGAGUACGCGCAGUAUCAACAGCCACAUCCCCACAACCAUGCUCAGACGCACCUGCAAAACACCUAUUCCGCGCCGCCUCAGUCCGCCGGUCCCGGUGCAAUAACGUCGCCAAACCAGCAGACUCAGAUGCACCCUUCGCACAACCAACAGUCGCCGAUAUUGCCCUCGCAACAGAAUCCAUACUCGCAGCAAGGCGCAUCGGGCGCUACCGGCCAUCAGGUUCAGCAAAUGGGAUAUCCUCCGGCAGCAGCUGGCCAACCGUAUUAUCCCAUGGCCGACGGAGGCAUGCAAGGACAGCUCAGCCAGGACCCGAGAGCAUCUCCAAGGAUAGGAGGCGCUCAGAUCAAGGCUGACCCGCGAGGUCCUCGUUCUCCGACACAGGUUCCCAAUAGUAUGGGAGCGCAGACGCCCAUACCUCCGCAAGUCCAGAUGUCGCAGUCCUUGCCCCGUAGAAUGAGCCAGCAGAUCAGCAGCCCGGCAAUGCAACAUCCCCAACCGGCCAUGAACCAUGCUGCUGCCAACCGUCCGUCCGCUCCGCCGCAAAUGCCGCCUCAAGCACCCCCUGUACAGCAACACCAGUCCUCCCCGGAUUUGGUGCCAGGCGGUGCGGAGGAGUCGCCUCUUUAUGUCAACGCCAAGCAGUUCCACCGGAUUUUGAAGCGGCGCAUGGCGCGACAAAAGCUCGAGGAAGCAUUGCGCCUCACUUCUAAAGGACGGAAGCCGUAUCUACACGAAUCGCGUCACAACCAUGCAAUGCGCAGACCGCGUGGGCCAGGCGGACGCUUCUUGACUGCGGACGAGGUGGCCGCUAUGGAGAAGGCCAAUGCCACAAACAAUGGCGAUGUAGAGGAUGGUGGUGACAAGGAAAAUGCUGGAACGCCAACGAAGGUCAUCCAAGCUGGACACUUGGGUUCCGCAAAAAGGAAGACUGCUCCAAACGCCCAAAUCGUGCCCUUGGGCAAGAAGACAAAGACGGGCAAUUUCCCCGUGCAGAGGCCCAGUACGAGUGGAGAUGAGAGUGAGGAAGAAGACGACGAGGCGGACGAUGACGAUGGAUGAAGGCUCUUAGGUCGGGCUUCAGCGUGCAGUAGAGGUUCAAGCAACCUGGUCGUGUUUGCGUCUCAGUGAGGGUUGUGAGGUCACCGUCGUUACAACCUGCUUGAGCCUCGCUUCACUAACCAACCAGUACUGCAUGUACGCUUUUUACUUUUUUCUUAUAUUUUCCCAUUUCCGUUUUUGAUUUCUUACGUUUCUUUUACGAGUUACGACAGCGAGCGCAUAUUUGUUU